GCCAGAAUGUGGCUCCUUGACUGCACUGGCUGAGGCCCCACUAACUCUUCAGCUGAACUUCCUGCCAUAGGAAGCAUCAGGAGCACAGUCAUGACAAAUCCUGUCAAUUUCCAUCUUAUCUGCACUAUUUUGGGGGAAAACUAUCAAAUCACGAUAGAACCCUGUGUGCAUUUCUCUCUUGCUCCAGUUUCACACUGCCCCACAUUUUCUCCCCUCAUCAAUUCCUUUAAAAACGAUGCCCCUCUCCAAGCACACAACCCUCUCCCUCCCCGCUCCUUGCCCUCCUCCUCCUCCCCUCUCAAGCUCGUGUUGGUAAAAAUAUCUGCAGACAGCAGUAGCAGAGGCACGCCUGACUCUCUCUCUCUCAGACAUCCCACCCAUGUGAUCUCGCAGGCUGCCUCCGCUCCUCUCCAGUCAGGCUCCUGCCUUUCUGCCGGCUGCAGCUAAUGAGCCUUUGUGUGGAGCAGGAGGGAGCAACACGGUGACAGAAAGGGGAGUUGAAGUGAGAAAGUCUACCGUCUUGCAGCAAUAAAGCAUAUGGGCACAGACAGAGCUGGAAAAUUACUAGUCUCCCUCGUACUCCUUCCUCAUGCCCGUGGAGCUCAGGGGUCACUGCAAGUCGGGCAAAACGGGAAUCUCGUCAUUCUUCUUCGAAUUACACCGUUUGUGACUGGGUGGCUGCCCACUCCGUGAGAAGAGGUGACGGGAGUCACUCCGUCAGCGGAUACAGGUGCAGAAUCCGGCGGGCCAUGAGCGGAAUACUGAAGAGAAAAUUCGAGGAGGUGGAAGCCUCCUCCUCCUCCUCCCCGUGCUUGUCUGCACGGGAGUCAGAUGAUGAGGUCUCCUGCAGCGAGAGUGGGGAUAGCAGCGACAGUGUCAGCCUCUCUGCCACAGGUCAUUUCACUCCUGACUCAAUACUGAAGCGAGAAAAGCGUCUGCGAACCAGGAGGGUGCACUUCGAGAAUGUGACGGUGUACUACUUCGUCCGGCGGCAGGGAUUCACCAGCGUACCCAGUCAGGGGGGCAGUACGCUGGGCAUGUCCAGCAGGCACAGCUGGGUCAGGCAGUACUCUUUAGGAGAAUUUGCUCUGGAGCAAGAGAGGAUCCACAGAGAUAUGCUCAGAGAUCAUCUGAAGGAGGAGAAACUCAACUCUAUCAAACUGGAGCUGACUAAGAACGGCACGGUGGAGUCUGAGGAGGCCAACACUCUGACAGCAGAGGACAUCUCUGACGAUGACAUCGAUCUGGACAACACGGAUGUGGACGAGUACUUCUUUCUGCAGCCUCUCACCACAAAAAAGCGACGAGCACUUUUGCGCUCCUCGGGAGUGAAGAAGAUCGACGUGGAGGAGAAGCACGAACUUCGGGCCAUUCGCGUUUCAAGGGAGGACUGCGGCUGUGAAUGCAGAGUUUUCUGUGACCCGGAGACCUGUGCAUGCAGCAUCGCAGGAAUCAAGUGUCAGGUGGACCGGAUGUCGUUUCCGUGUGGCUGUACGAAAGAGGGUUGCAGCAAUACAGCUGGAAGAGUCGAGUUUAAUCCCAUCCGCGUCCGUACUCAUUUCCUGCACACCAUCAUGAAGCUGGAGCUGGAGCAGAACCGCGAGCAGCAGCAAACGACUCCAACCAACGGCUAUGGUGGAGAGAUCGGUGAGCUGGGAAGCGGAAACCCCUUCGUUCAGCCACAGCCCAGACUUCAGUAUUCUUUGCCAGACUCCGUCCCACAGACGGCUAGCAUGCACCUGGACGCUGCGGACGAGAUGGAGGAGCCAUUCGAUGAAGACGAGGAGGACAAUGAUGAGGAGGAGGAGGACAAUGAAGAAGACGAGGAGGAUGGGAGCAGUGUGUGCAGCAGGCUGUCUGACUCCAGCACCCAAAGUUUGGCCAACAGUGACUCUGAGGAUGAGGAGGACGAGAAGACUGAGACUUUGGAAGGCGACAUAUCAAACCCAGCGGUUUCUCACUCCGAGGUGACUCCCUUGACUUCUGCGGCGUGCUACGGUGACGACAACCGCCUAAAUGGAUAUUUAAUAAACUCUCCCCCCAAUGAGUAUUAUCAGCUGAGAAACUCCAGCGGCGGCUCUAACGGACCGACCAGUCAACCCGCUGAACCGUACGCUUUGUCGUUCCAAGCGCCAGUCAGCAACAGCAACACGGCCCAGACGCCGUUCAGCCUGACCGCUGAUCAGUACGCAGACUACUCCCACCAGAGGGAGGAGCAGUACGCAGCCUGCCACCACUUCACCCCAGCCAACCCCGUGGCCUGCUACACCCCAGACCAGAAGAACAAGCUGUUAUCCACAGCGGGGUUUGUGGAGCAGAACCACAACCAGUUUCAGAAUUACUUAAAUAAUACUAAUAAUAAUAAUGAUCCAGGUUCUUACAGCAGCGCAUGUAUAACAGCUGAACAGCCUCUGCAGAACUCUGGUGUUAAUGGACAUUCUGACUUGACCUUAAUAGCAAACAAUCCUAAAAACAUCCCUUUAUCAGACCACUGCCCUGAGGUCACAGCCAUUUAAACAGAAUCCGUCCUUUAAAAAUGUUCCUACUUACCAGGAGCUCUUUACUUUUAUUUAAUUCGAUGAAUGUCUUUUAUUUUGAAAUGAUCCAACCUUAAGUUUCAAAAGUUUACAGGAUCGAGACACAUUUUCAUCUGUGACUAUGAAGCCAUAUUUUUUUGAACAAAACUUCACCUCGUUUGCUUAAAAGAACAGAUUAUUGCAACCAUAAAACAAAAUCCCACAGUUUAUCUCAUACUUUUGCAAUGUGUUCUGUAAAUCCCUGCGUGACGUUCUAGUUUGAAGCCAGCACUGGACUAUAGGUGAAGGUUUUCUGUCUGCUUUGUGUCAAAUGUGCAAAACAGGUUUCCUAUCAUUGUUUUAUUGAUGAAUUCUACAUGUAACUAUUUAUUGUAAAUGCUUUGAUAAAAGUACGCAUGCUGUUAUGGAAUCACAUUUGACAAAUUGCAUAUAUAUAUAUAUUUAGACAUAUAUAUGUGAUACUGCGCUGUGGACAUCUACAUUUCUGCUCUUCUUCUGUGUCAUGACUAGAUGUCUAAAAAAGCUUGAAUACUCCGGACUUCCUAUUCUAAACACAAAUUAGGAUUUUGUUAUUUUUAAUUCUUCUGCACUUAUGGUGAGCCAAUAGGAUGCAGCUCUUUUUAAAUUAUUGUUUCUUUAAGAAUCCCAUAAAAAUGACUAAGAUCUUCAUUUAUGGAAAACCAAAAAGUAAAUAUUAAGCCUUUUUUCUGACUGAUUCCACUUAUUUACCUAGAAAUAUGUUGUUUAGGGAAAAAAAGGCAAGUGUGAACAAAUGUUAAAAGUUGACAAAAGUUCAACUGUCAAAACAUUGACUGUACUUGGCCAGCAAAUGUGGCCAACACUUAUUUCCAAUUUUGUGAGAAUAAUAAUACAAUUUUUAAAGUUUAUAGAGGGAAAAAAAAAG